ACGACCUGCCAUCGCACCGCUGCCACGACCUGCCAUCGCACCGCUGCCACGCCCACAAAGAGAAGAUGACGCGAGUUCUGAUGCUUCUGAUCGCCGCUGCCACUGCCUCGUUCGCGGCAGUUCAAUCCCCUUGUAAAAUAGCGUUCUGGGCGGGUACGCCGUUCAAUAUGACUGCCUACACGACUUGCUAUCAGCAGCACCAGACGGAGUAUGAGAAGUUUAUAGCUUCAUGCCCCGCCAUAAACGCAACUUUGCCUACGGUGAACGAUGCAGCAAGAUGUGAUCCAAUUCUGUCAAAUUUUUCUAAGUGUUUGUUGCAAUCAGCCAAGCUCCUGAAACCCGACAACACAUUUGAUGAUGUGGCGUACCAGAGCAUUUAUCUGAAGAACAAAUGUAGCACUGAUCCCAACUUCUCAAAGGUUUACUCGAAGUGCAAAACCGCCACCAUAAAAAUAUUUGAACGUGAGUCCUAA